CAUGCAGCCUCAACCAUGGCCCAAGUUCAGAGGCCAUUGAUUAUACAAUCGCAAUUUAUUCGGCUCUGCUGCCCACGCAAUGCUCGCAAGACACCUGCUUUCUCGCGCGCACGGCACCACCAACGUCUCCACACUUCAACAGUCACAGACAACGACAUCGUCCGGCUCGCGAGUUUGCCGUUGCACCCGCUGACGCUGGCAGACCUUGUGAAACACGGUCGCCCACCGCUCACGACGUCACAGUUGCUCACGUCCGCAAACUUCACACUCUCCAUCCUCCCCGCUCGACUUGCGCACCGCAUACAGUCCUUGCGAAACUUGCCAUUCAUAGUCGUCUCGAAUCCGAACAUAAGCAAGAUCCACUCAAAUUACAUCCACAGUCUCUCCACGCUACUACCAUGGGCGGAGCGGGAGAUCACAACCGUAGAAGAGGAGGUCAAAUUUACCGAAGUCAUGGCCGAUCUGGUUCAGACGCAUAGCAACACGAUAAGCAUACUGGCAAGAGGCUUUCUGGAGGCCCGGAAGUACAUCGGCCCGAAAGAUGUCACAAGGUUCCUCGACGAGCACCUUCGAGCUAGGAUUGGGACACGCCUGAUUGCAGAACAGCACCUAGCCCUACACUUUUCGAGCCAACCGCAUCAUGAUGUUAUGCACGAUACUGAAGAGGAGGAUUCCAGCUUCAUUGGCGUAAUAGACACGAAGCUACGACCGGCGAAGAUCGUCCAACACUGCGAAAAUGUAGUAGGAGAGCUAUGUGAGCUCAGAUACGGCGUUCGGCCACACGUCGUCAUCAACGGCGAACCCGAUUACUCCUUCGCUCACGUGCCUGUUCACCUUGAAUACAUAAUUACCGAACUCCUGAAGAAUGCCUUCCGCGCAACAGUCGAAAGCGGUAUGGAGCGUGAACCCAUCGAAAUUACCAUUGCACCACUUCCCGAAGAUUCCAUCGAGAACAACGGAACCGGAAGCGGCGCUCAAGAUGCGGCCAGGGAUAUUGAUCAAGGAAAUACAGAUAUUGCAUCUCGAGUCUUCACCAGCAAACCUAUAUCCACAUCACCUUCGUCUGAUGAACAGAUCCGUCCCCUCGCUCACUGCACCCCCGGCGUUACAAUCCGGAUCCGUGAUCGUGGCGGUGGUAUAUCGCCUGACGUGUAUCCACAUAUCUGGGAUUACUCAUUCACGACUUUCAACGAAGACCAGGUCUCGUCUACGCUUGCGGGAGGUUCUCCGUCUAAGAGCGGAAGCGGCAUGGAUGCGCUGAGUGCGAUUUCUGGUGCGGGAGGUGACGGAGUGAAUAGUUUGGCUGGCUUGGGUUAUGGACUGCCGCUUGGAAGAGCCUAUGCGGAGUAUUUUGGAGGGGGGAUAGCGGUGCAGAGUCUUUGGGGGUGGGGGACGGAUGUCUAUCUGAGUUUGAGGGGAGUGGGGAAGAUUGAUGAUUAAUGAAUUGUGGAAAGAGGAUAGAAUGUUAG